UGGAAGGAAAUCCGAACCCGAGUCAGUUCAACAGCCAGGAAAAUAUGAAUGCACAACCACAUCUCACCAUGGAGGGUCCCACAAAGAAGAUCACUACGUACAGCUUUUUCAGGAACAAUGACGAUGAAGAUGUAAGAAAUGCAUCAGGAUCACCUUCUCUUGGGCGCGAUGGGUCCCCUAUUAGCCCAUCCCAUCCUCAGGAGCACAAAAUGAUUCCUUCAAAGUUUGGACAGCCUAGUGGACAAGAUAUGAAUUUCAGCCACCCAGAGCCAGAUUUCAGCUCACAGUUAUAUUCCCAACCCCAAUACGAAAGCAUGAAAACUUCAAAAGAUCAUGACCAAAGCGACGCUAGCUUGUACUCAGGCUUCAAUAACUUCAGUGAAAAGUCCUUAAGGAUAGACCCUCAUGGCCAAGUUGAUCCUUCUCCUACUGGGCAAGGUUUCGUGCCUCACUUUAUUGACGAUGACAAUACUCCUGAUGAGAAAGACUUCAAAGGUAUUGGAAGUAUAGAAGAUUCCAAACUAGAUCUUGAAGAUGACGAUUUCGAAAUUUCAAAUUUCUAUCCUCAGCAGAAUAACAAACCUCCAAACAUGAUUAAUCAAAAAGAAUAUCACCAACCAGGAGCAAGUUAUCAGCAAACAUAUUCCCAGAACAUUCCUCCUAAAUCUCAAUCUCCUGGCUAUCAGCAAAUGCCAGUGAUUCAUCAGCCAGAACACCAAAUGAUACACCAGCCAGGCUCUCAGAUGGUCCAUGGCCAGCCUGUCUACAUGAAUCAGUACCCUCAACAAGUCCCGAAACCUAUGCCCAACUAUGGACCUGACCCUCACGGAAUGCCUGCCUACAACCAGCCUCACUACCCGAUGGGCAAAGAAAUGAACUACAUGCACAACUACCAGUAUGGGUACGGAGCUCCCCAGUAUGGCCACCAGUACAAUCAGCAGUACUACGGAGGAGCUGCCCCUAACACAGAAUACCUAGAGCAGAGAAGAAUUUCGAUGCCGAUGAACCACUAUGCAGCUCAGCUCGAACAGCCAGGCUACCAACAAGUGCACCAGCAAAGCAGAUCCAACAGCAUGGCUGAUGCCAUGAACCCGAGGCAGUUCAACGGGGGCAAGGGUCACAACUCAGGGCCACCGCCUGGACUCAACAGAUUCCCAGCGACUAGUGGUAGACUCAAAGUCACUCGGAACUUCUCGAGUCAUGAUGCAUCUGGAGACCAGGCUGACAUCCAGGGUCUGACUGGGGACUUCGCUAAAAUGCACUGUUCCAACAUAGACUUCUCUAAAAUGGACUUGAGUCAGAACCAGAUGGCCUCAGGGAUCCAGCCAUCCAAAGUCAGAGCAGCCACUGGUGAAAUGAGUGCUCACUCAAACUCAACUAUCAAAGAAGAAGACUUUGACUCUGAGAAAGAAGCCCACGAGCGAGACCCCAACUCAUCUUCAGCAGGUGGAACAGGCCCUGAGACUGGUCCUGAGCCUGGCCCUGAGACUUCUCAGUAUGUGUUUGGUAACGCCACACAUACUGCCAGUGUUACAAACACCAAAUCACUAGCCAAAGUCCACAUGGCUAGGAACCAGAAACGGAGAGAAAGCCAUCAAAUUCCAAUGAAGAGCCUCGAAGACAAGAAACUCUUGAAGUCUCCAAUGAAGAGUUCUUCUGUAGCAUGGGUUCCGAAUGACAGCAGGACUUCAUCGAUGCCUAACAUCUUCCAGCCAUUCGGAGGUCACGACCACUUCUACCCACAAGAACACACAGCCUACUACAACUACAACACACAUGACAGACCUCAGCAAAUGAUGGGGUACAAUCAGCCAGCCAUGAGUGCAAACCCUGGUCAUGCUAGGCCUCAAUACGGUCGUCCAGGUGUACAGAAUGGGCCGAGCCUUGGUGGUCCUGCAAUGCCUGACUACGACUAUGACCAGAGACGAAACUCAGGAACCACUGGCGGGUCCAGCAACCUCGGAAAGAGCCUCAAGUUUGCUCAGAACAAGCCUAAGCCCAAGAAGCCAGCUUCUAAAGCUACCAAAGACUUCAGUGCUCUCAAAAAUCAGAACAGUAAAAGCAGGAGGUCCAGCACUCACAGCAUUUCGAUUCCAUCAAACGAUAAAAGCAUUGUAGAUUGUAAAGGGCAGAUCCCUGCGCUGGCCAAGAACCAGCAAGGCUCCAAGUACUUGCAAAGAGUGCUCGCUAAGGCUUCUCCUGACGUCCUUGAGUUCAUUGUAGUUGAAGCCGGAGACAGUCUUCAUGAACUCAUGGUUGACUCCUACGGGAACUAUUUCUGCCAGAAGCUACUUCAGAGCUGUUCGAGCAAGCAAAGACUUUACUUGCUGACCAAGAUCAGUCCACAUGUCGUCAACAUUUCUUGUGACAAGAGAGGCACCCACUCGAUGCAGAGUCUGAUCCAACUCAUCAACAUGCAAGAAGAAGAGGAUGCGCUCGAACAUGCACUACGCGAACACGUCGUCAGUCUGUCGUUUGAUCCGAAUGGAACCCAUGUGCUGCAGAAAGUGAUCCUGACUGUGAAAGUGGCCAAACUCGACUACAUAUUUGAGGCGUGCUUCGAUAAACUGCUGGAGCUGUCUCUUGACUCGAACGGACUCUGUGUUAUCAAGAAGAUCAUCGCAAGGUUCUCGAGUGCUCCUGACAAGAAAGCCCUCCUCGUUGAGAAACUGAGCGAUGACUGAGUGCAGCUGGUACAGAGUCCGUACGGAAACUACGCUGUGCAACAAGCCAUCGACUAUUGGGACAACGAAGACCUGCACCAGAUAUACAUGAACUUGCUGGCUAACGUUCUUCAAUUGUCGAUGCAGAAGUUUUCAUCGAAUGUGAUUGAGAAGUGUUUGGAUAAAGCAGAUGACGAAGUACUAAUACAAUAUGCUGACAAGCUGAGCGAGCCAGAAACAAUGAAAAGCCUUGCUAAAAGCAAUUACGGAUUCUACGUCGCUCAGAAAUUAAAGAACUGAUGCUCCCAUCUGGAAGGAAUUGCCGAAAAGAUACAAAUAUAAUCCAAAAUAUACUAUGCCGUCAAUAGAGU